UUGUCCAGUGGUAUACUGUGCUGUCAUUCGUACAGUAUAUGAACCAUAUACCGUAUGUAAACAUGUCACGAGCAGGCACGAAACUCGACUCGAAGAAAGUUAACUCUGAAUUAUUUACGUUGACGUAUGGUGCAUUGGUGGCCCAAUUGCUAAAAGAUUACGAAAAUGUUGAGGAUGUGAAUAAGCAAUUAGAAAGAAUGGGUUACAAUAUGGGAAUUCGUCUAAUAGAAGAUUUUCUAGCACGUACUGGAUCUGGUCGUUGUUAUGACUUUAGAGACACAGCAGAAAAGAUACAGACUGGCUUCAAGAUAUUCUUGGGUAUAACACCGACGAUUGCAAAUUGGAGCGCUGCUGGGGAUGAGUUUUCUUUAUGCUUUGAAGCAAAUCCGUUAACCGAAUUUGUAGAAUUACCGGAUCACUGUUUAAAUCUAAAGUAUUGUAAUAUAUUAAUUGGAAUACUUAGGGGAGCUUGUGAAAUGGUGCAGAUGGAGAUUGCCUGUUGGUUUAUACAAGAUCAGCUUAAGAAUGAUAAUGUAAAUGAAUUACGUGUUAAAUUUAUUAAAAGGUUAGAGGAUGCCAUUCCAGCGGGUGAAGAUUAGAUAAUUUUAUGUUAUUGGAGGAACAAAUAAUUGAAGCCAACCUAUGACUCUAGCUUUUAUGGAUGAAAACAAUUUAUGUUAUAGAAUAUGCAUAAUACUUUAUAAAAAAUUAUAAUCUUUCGUUAUGUAUAGUAAACAAAGCUAGCAUUAUGUAGGUGAAUUUUGUGGUGUUUAUAUAUAUACAUAAUAUAUAUACUUAUUUAUA